GUUCCACUUUUGAUUCUCAUGUUUGAUUUCUCCGCAGGUGGCCAUUAAAAUCAUUGACAAGACCCAACUGGAUGAUGUCAACCUGGAGAAGAUCUACAGGGAAGUUCAGAUCAUGAAAAUGCUGGACCACCCCCACAUCAUCAAGCUAUACCAGGUGAUGGAGACGAAGAACAUGCUGUACUUAGUCACAGAGUAUGCCAAGAAUGGCGAAAUCUUCGACUACUUGGCAAAGCACGGCCGUCUCAGCGAGCUGGAGGCAAGGAGAAAGUUCUGGCAGAUCCUGUCUGCAGUCGAGUACUGUCACAACCGAAACAUCGUCCACAGAGACCUGAAGGCAGAGAACCUGCUGCUGGACGGCCACAUGAACAUCAAGAUUGCAGAUUUUGGAUUUGCGAACUUCUUCCAGCCCGGGGAACCUCUGGCCACAUGGUGCGGCAGCCCGCCUUAUGCUGCCCCAGAAGUCUUUGAAGGACAACAGUAUGAGGGACCACAGCUGGACAUCUGGAGCAUGGGGGUGGUGCUGUAUGUGCUGGUUUGUGGUGCAUUGCCAUUUGAUGGGCCCACUCUGCCUGUGCUGCGACAGAGAGUCCUCGAAGGAAGGUUUCGAAUCCCCUACUUCAUGACUGAAGACUGUGAGCACCUGAUCCGCAGGAUGCUGGUACUGGACCCAUCCAAGCGUCUGUCUUUGGCCCAGAUCAAGGAGCACAAGUGGAUGACUCUUGAUGUUCCUGUACAGAGGCCGGUUCUGUACCAGCAGCCGCUGUCUGCAGAGGGCGAGGCCGGCGUCGGAGAGUACAGCGAGCAGGUCCUCCGCCUCAUGCACAGCCUCGGCAUCGAUCAACAUAAGACCAUAGAGUCUCUGCAGAACAAAAGCUACAACCACUUUGCUGCUAUUUACUACCUACUGGUGGAGCGGCUCAAGGCACAUCGCUGCAGCUUCCCUGUUGAACAGAGGCUCGACGCUCGCCAGCGGCGCCCCAGCACCAUCGCUGAACAAACCGUCAUCAAGUCCACUAGCGGUUCAGCACAGGUGGGGCUGCCCCUGCAGGGUGUACGCUUGUUGCGUCCCCCCACCGUUCCCCAAUCCACCUCUGACGCCUGCAACUUCCCUCAGGCCGCAUCUCCUCUGGAGCAGAAUUUCAUGAUGGAGGACAUCAGCACGCCCAAAGUGAACGGCUGUCUCCUAGACCCCCUCCCUCCCACCACUGUCCUCCGCAAGUCCUCUACCUCAUCGCCCAGCAACAUGAUGGAGACAUCGAUUGAUGAGGGCAUUGAGACUGAGGAGCCGGAUGCAGAGGACGAUCCCGCCCACCUGCUGUCAGCCUAUCAGACGGCUCGAUUCGGCCAGCGGCGGCACACUCUGUCUGAGGUCACCAACCAGCCAGGACCUUCAAAUCAAGGUAAAUUGUUCAGUCUGGGGCACAACCCAUCCAUGGGAAGCGUCGACUCAGAUAUUGGCUACGACAUGGGCUCAAUGCACAGUGACCUCAGCCUGCUGGAGGACUCCCCGUCCCUCAGCGAAGGGAUGCCGGCCAGCAGCUCCGCCGCCGGCUGCAGCCCUGCACCGUUCAUGAUGGCGAGACCCCCGAACCCAGCAAUGGCUGCCCUGACGUCCCAGCACAGGGAGACGCACAACCGCUCCCCGAUCAGCUUCAGAGAAGGACGCCGCGCGUCCGAUACCUCCCUCACGCAAGGUCUGGUGGCGUUCCGGCAGCACCUCCAAAACCUGGCGAGGACCAAAGGCAUCUUAGAGCUGAACAAAGUCCAGAUGCUGGUGGAGCAGAUGGGCUCUGGAGACGGGGCCGUCUCCGGUCUCCUGGGACCACAGCAUCAUUUGCACAACCUGCUGGAGGGCGAGGCCUGCAAGCAGCAGGAGGGCCUAGCUUUAUACCCAGGUGAAGCCCAGCCGCCUCUCCUGUCCCGCAGACAGAGUUUGGAAACACAGUACCUCACACACAGGCUGCAGAAGGCCAACAUCUUGGCAAACAGUCCUGCUAGCUGUCAGAUUUUCUGUAAGGAGACUCCUCGAAGUUUAGAGCAGCAGCUGCAGGAACACAGACUGAACCAGAAGAGGAUGUACCUGCAGCAGCAGUCGCAAGGAAUGGGCCUGCAGACCUAUUUCAACCAGAUGCAGAUAGCUGAAGGCUCCUACCCUCCGGUGGGCCCCGCUAUGGACCCCACAGCGCCUCCGGGCCCCCCGCAGGCCCCCACCAUGCCAGCGGGCAGCCAGCAGCCGCAGCAGCAAGGCAGCUCUCAGGCCGCCCCUUUUGGCCACGCCCUCAGCCUGAGCCCCUUACUGGAGCCGGGGGAAGGCGUGGUUUACGACCCCUACAUGAGCCAUCACCACUACACCCAACAUCUGCCUCACGGAGCCCACCUCCACCCCCAGCUCCACCACCAGCUGCCUCAAGAUGCUUCCAGCUGCGGCCUGGGCUUCAGCUUCCCUCCUGGCUGCGAACAGCCCAUCCUCGGGCCCCCUCCCGAGGCUCUUGCACCAGACCAGUACGAGUUGUCCAUAAACCCCCCCUCACUGCUGCAUCCUGCUCCAGGAGAGGCGGAGGCCAGGGCCGCACCCGGGAUUUUGGGCGGGCCGGCCCAGUCGGACAGCCUGGGGAUGAGCGAGCUGCCCGCUUCUCUGCUGGACAGCGAGAUGAUGGAGACCGUGGACUCCCAGCAGGGCUUCGUACUGGUCAACUGAACCCAGCCGAGGAGUUUAUUGUUGUUCUUAGAGAGCGGUGUUAAACAGCAACGCAGCAUUAAGAGCAGGGAGAAUGGAGAUGUAAGCGGAGGUCAUAAGCGUAGCAGCAGGGAAGGAAGUGUUCACUUUUGUGCAACUAAUAGAAACUUCAUUUCUUAGUUGUAAGAAGCCUCAACAUUUGUACCAAAAUCCUCCCUCAACCUACCUCCCUUUCUCCUUAUGCACCCCCUGUUGUAGUUCUCAUCUGCCCUCGCAAGGCGGCAAGAAGGCCUGUCGCCGUGCCGACGCGGCGAGGCUGCCGUCGCCGCGUGCGCUGAGCCGUUUAAUGAGACCGGCGGAGGGGGAUGCCGCAGCAUUUCGUCUAGAAAUGGUUUGAGAGUAAACUAAUUUGGGGAGUUGAAACUGAACGGCAACCAAAAGCACAAAGGCUGGUCGUGCUUUUUGUACUUCAAGUUACCGUUGACGACAACAAGGCGGGUUCUGAAUGAGACUUCUGUGGAUUUUUAUUCAAUUUGUUUGGAGAAGAUGGGGUGAGGGGCAAACCAAGUGAGCAGGAGAAGAUGGCCCUCAUUUAUCACAGUACCACAAAUAUUAAGGCAAAUUCAAGUGAUUCAAGCUGGUGUUUUGUGCAGUUAUAUUAUAGUGGUCAUAAACAGGUUUUAACACUAUCACUUUGAUACACAAAAAUGUAACAAAUACAUGCUAUGGUGUUACGUUUCUUAACCGUUAAGGACAUCUAUUUUUUUUUUUUUUUGUGACGUUUGAUUCAUAAAUUCUAACUACUGAUCUCAAGCUAUUUCCAACACUACUGAUUGUUGUCCCAGUUCCAGUUCACCCGUUACCAUGAUUACCAGUUCAGUGGAGGCGUGGGUCAUGCCUUCGCCUGGUAAAUGAGGGCUGAUGUCGAUUCAACGCGGAAAGUGGAGGGUUGGAGUUGAACGUAUGUUUCUGUGGCAAUACUGAAGCAAUAUUAAUCCUGAAUGUUGAGGGGCGGGGGUCGCGAACGGAAGCCUCUGAUUGGUUCCCAGCCACCUCCAGGUCAGCGAUGACGUCACUGGAGCGGAUGAUGUAAGCGGGAGAUAAUCUCACCUCUGUUCGUGCUAGAAAACGUUUCAUGGAGGUUACUGUGGCGAAGUCAGACAUACUGUUUAGUUUUUCCCAAUAAUCAUUUAGAGCAUUAAUUUAAUCAAAAUCUUCGUGAAAAAUGGAAGAAACACUAUUUGCCCUGCAAACAUCAAAAGUUUUUUUUUUUAAGGUAUUCUGUAAACAGAUUUGUAAUCAAAUCAGAAACAGUGUUUUUAGAUUUCUUAAACCUUUUGCACAGUCCUUGUUUUAGAGAUUAUUUCUGGUUUACUUCCUCUGCUCCAGUCAUGCCUCUGCUGUUUUUUUGUGUGUGUGUUUUUUUUGUUUGUUUUUUUUAAUAAAUAACCCCCUUAAAGAUUUCCUGAGUGGAUUUUCCCCUUUGACGUUGUGGCUGCUCCGAGAUGAAGCCCAGCAUCCUUCAGCUAACAGGGGAUCUCGAUUGUUUCCUCAUCCCAUCUCAAGUUUUUUUUUUUUUUACUUUAACGGCACUCCGACUGUGUUCGAUCUGCUAGAUAUAACUCUCAGAUGAUCAGUCGUCAUGACAGCAGUUGAGAUGAGAUUAUGGUACUGCGACCAUCUGCCAGACCGUGCGGCUUGUGGUGGUUUGUGGUUAAACUGUAGGAAGGUUUGGAGUCGGAUCCAGCAGCAGACCAAGGUGUUCGCUCAGAUUUGUCUGACCUGGAGUUGAAACUGACAGUUGAACCGUCAACAAAAAGUGGUCUGACCUUGGUUAUUGUCAUGUGGGGAAAGUUUGAGUAAAUCAACCCAAUGAUCCAAGUAUUUCUUAGCUCAUUUGUUUGACCAACAUUUUUUUUUUAUUAGGAUUUAUCGACCAAGAAAAGUAGCAUGUAACUGUGAAGUGGAAAGAAACUGAGAAGUGGUUUUUAAUCUGAACCACUUCAUCAUAGCGUCAUCCAUUUCCCGUCAACUGGCCAGCUUUCUUGUCCCAGCUAAAGAGCAACGUCCCCACAGCAUGAUACUGCCACCAGUGGUUCUACUAGGGUUUUGAAGAAAAUGUUGGAUUUUUCAGGUUGUAUGUCUUAUUUUAUUAACUAAAAAGAUUUUUAAAAAUGGCACACCAAAUUUGAAGAGACUAAUAGUUUCCUAUCAAGGUAUCAGAGUAAAGGGGGCUGAUUACAAAAGCUGGUGGCAACAUCAUGCUGUGGGGUUGCAGGGACAAGAAACCUGGAACAUUUCACAACUGUGUGCUGCUUUGUGUUGAAAAUCUGUUGUUGGAUUGUGAUUUGAAACCUUUUGUAAGGUUGACUGAACAGUAGCUCUUUGACUUGUUUGGUCACUUACUUGGUUGUUAAUACCUUCAACAAACUCAGUUGACCAGAAUGAAUUGCAGAUCUGUUGCAGUAUUCACCUCAUAGUCGCAUUAACAGUUCCACCCUUCAAUUUACAAACUCAGCAUGUUGCUCUUAUCGUAAUCCAGCCAUAGUUUUGACGGGAAAAAAGCUCACACCCAGUUUGUGGGUUUAAAUGUCCAUUAGAUAGAAAUAAGGCCUGAAGCAAAAUAUUUGAGGCUUGGCAUAGGAGAGGGAGGGGAGUUGCCUUUGUCAAUGGUCAGACUGAAAGAUCUACUGGAGGAUCUUGGGAGGUUGAACACUGGAGCACUUUCACUACAGGGAAGAAGAGAUGGAGGAGAAAAAGGUGGGAAAAGUUUGCGGCUUCCUCGCGGACGAAGCGUCCUCCGGUCGGGAGGGAAACGCCUUUCUCCUCUCUCUUCCCCAACAAUAAUGGACACAAAACCCAUUUUCUUUCGAGGAAAGACCAGACCGAGCGUGACACUUCAUGUGACUGUCGAUCUGAAUCUGAGAAAAAGCAACACUUAUUAUGUUUAUUAUGAUGAGUGUUCUUUGUGUGGCUGUAGUGAAUCCUCGCCCGGGGGAGUUGUGUUGAAUAGUGUUCAGUGUGCCUUUUUACUUCUUUUCAAUCUAAAUAUGAAUGAUUAUUCCUGGUUUGGCUCCUGUGUCUUUCACUUUACUAUUACGUCCUCUGUGUUUUUAUGAUUUUUGUGGGGGUUUUUCCUGAACAUAAGUAGAGCCAGGUUUUCCAAAGGUACCAAAGUCCCUCAGAAGUUUCCCUGUACAACCCACCAUGUGGAGUUUUGGAGCUUCUUUAUUUUCUUCUCUGUUGUCUGUAUUUUUUUUUCUAGCUGGUCAAUCUGUGUAUGCCAUUUAAAAGUAUUAUAGCAAUAUUUCUCUAGUUGAAGACUAAAGUCAUAAAGAUUCUAGUGGAUGUGUUUCCAGGUAUCAUAAUUUCACCUCCUGCUGAUUUAAAAACAAAAGUCAAUCAAUAGAAAUCCAGUUUUAUAUUUACCUUCAUUGAUGUUGACCACACAUAAGCUAACUUGCUGUUGAGAUUAAAAAGGUUUAUUGAACAGAA